CGGGUUUGUAUUGCUGUGCGCACGCCCUUUAUUAAGACGGAGCGGCCAGGCCCGGCCGCUGCACGGGACGGACGAACUCCCCACGCGGUGCGUCGCGCGGCAUCCAAAGGGCAGCCCGCCCCAACCUUCUCUCUCACCUCCAAGAGCUCGGGGAGAGUGUGUUCCAGUGUCAGUGCAGGAAUCUGCUGAAUCCUGCUGGUCGAUUCGCGCACAGCGAGAUGGCGGCCCAAUCGAUCUACAGCUCCCUCGAGGCGCUCUCGACGCCGGAGGCGACGAAGCUGGCCUGGACGCGCCUCGGCAAGACCUGCGAGGCCGAGGGCGCCGUCCUCACGAAGGUGCGAGGCGGCAGCUACCCGCGCCACGCGACGAACGGUAGGUUACUCACUACCGGUUUACACGUCUGGGAGUACGAGUUCACGUCGGCGGCCAAGGCGAACGGGAAUAGGACGAUGUACGUCGGCGUGGCCCAGGAGGGUUUGGACGUCGAGAAGGGCGGCCACUCGAAGUCCGGGAAGGCGUGGUACCUGCGGACGGACAACGGGACGCUGUACGGGAGCGGCGUCGCCGAGGCGUCGGACCAGACGCCCGUCGAGAAGUGCUUCGUGGUGGGUGACAAGAUCGGCGUGACUCUGAACCUAGGUGAUGGGUCCCUCGCCUUUUCGAAGAAUGGCGUGCUGCUGGCCGGCGGCUUCCCCGCGGGACGCAUCACGGGACCCGUCGUCGGCGCGGUCGAGCUGCUGACGGUCGGCCAGAGUCUCACCCUCUUAAAGUCUACCUAGAAA